AUGGCGCUCUCGUCCCCGACUGCGACCGUCGCAGGCCACGGCCCUGCCGGACAUCAUCUGAAUCGAGCAGUUGGUGUCUGGUCCAGCGAAGAACACGACCGCUUCCUCGAAGGUCUCAAGCACUACCCACAAGGGCCUUGGAAAGCGAUCACCAAGUUCGUCGGCACGCGGUCGGUUCGACAAGUGCAGACGCACGCACAAAAGUAUCAGGAAAAAGUCUCGCGGCGUCUCCACGGGAUGCAGACGGGCAAAGCCAUUCGCCUGCGGCGCGAACACCGCAUCGACCACGACGUGUUGGCACAGCCGACGCUCAUUCGCGUCCACCCGCAACUACGCAGCAACUGUGCGCGUCCAGAGCUUCAUCACUACCGAGAAGUGAAGCCCAUGGCCGUGUCGACGCCAGCUGUAGUCGCUCUGAACGCACGUGCACAGGCUCACACAUUGCCGUUCCAACGCCCGACCAUUGUCCCUGUGGCGUUAGAUGCAAAAGGCUUUUCGAGUACGGACCCCAACGGCGCAUCGCCGUCGUCCGUGUCGUCGCCGCUGGAUGACCUGCCAACACUGAGCGAGUCGCUCGACUUUUUCAUUGCUAACUUUUUCUAA